AAACAGCGCUUUACUACGAGCUGAGAGGAGCCGAGCAGCAGCAGCGGCAUGACAACACAAACUAACUCUGUGGACUGAGAGCUCACUGUCACAGGAGGAAUUCACCGCUCGGUACCAAACCCUCUGAAGUCUCCCUCAAAUAUCCACAGACAAAACAUCUGUAGAGGAGAAAGACAUUUUCUUCUUGUUCUGUGGAGGAGGAUUUUUUUGGGGGUGAAAAGGUGAAGACCGGCGGCAGCGUCGAACAAGCUCGUCUGUGGAAGAAACCAAAAACACAACACAGGAGUAGAGAAGUUUUGACUGCUGCUGCACAGAGAGCCGUGUCUUUGUGUGAAGAAGAAGAAGAAGAAGAAGAAGAAGAAGAAGAGGAGUCAUCCUCGGUUUAUAGCUGCUGGCAUCUGUCUGUAGUAUCGACCAGACCAAUAAAAGUGUCCCGGAGCAGCCUUGGAGAGGACGUGGCCGAGGCAGAUUCUCCAGCAGAGUGGAGCUGCUGACUGAAUGCAAAGGAAACACUGAAAGCCGUUCUCCAGACCUCCCUGCAGCUUCAGGGGAGAUUGUCAGAUGUGUACCCAGCACUCAAUGCCCCUGGCCUGGCCGCGGCGGGGAUGGCAGCCUCUGCCCUGAACCUGAACGGCCUUGGAGUCAUGAACAGCAGUAACCAGUUUCACACCCAGCAAGGCUCCUCUAGUACCACCUCUCGAACUAGAACCAGUCCAGUUGGUCGACCCGUGCUGCCGGUUCCAGAUCGGAGCACCUAUUGUCAGUUACUUGGUGGGGGAGCACCAGGCGGAGGUCUCUACAGCCCAACCAGCCCUAAGACGAGCCCCCGAGCCCUGGGUCGAACCUUUGUCUUCCCCUCUUCGUCCUCGCUCUCCCCCAGCCCCACCCCUCGUGCUCGCUCCCCCUCCCCACGAAGCCCGGAGCUCUUGGGAGUCAAUGUGGGCCAGCGGGUCCGACGACUGAGCUCUCCCGGCUGUGAGGAGAGAGGGGAAGGAGAAGGGCAGGAGGAGAGGGGAGGAGAGACGGGAGGAGGAGAGAGGCGAGAGGACAGGAGACGCCAGGCGCAGCUGCUGCAGAUACACAGAGAGCUGCAGAACGUUGAGGUCAGGGGAAAAGUGGGAAUUUUCGAGGCCCACAUAUCCGGAAUUCGUGCCCAAGUGCUUAACACUGAGCUCCAACGCAGCCCUCGGUCUCCAAGACGAGCGACUAGCCAAACCCCGUCCUCUCCCAGCCAACAAAACGCAGGCCUUGAAUGCCCAAUGACCCACCCGCAAGAAAGUAAAGUUCCCUGUGUUGUCCAAAAUGGAAGAGAAAGGGAGGAGGACACAAUGGAAGAAGAAAGGAGAGAAAGAGGAAAGAAAGACGAUGAGGACAGUGAUACUAAAACAAACACAGACAAGACACUCAUUGGUCAAAAUGGUCGGCAUACGGAAAUAAUGCAAACUCCCUGUUUAGAUGGACCAUUUGUUGCUCAGGGUUCCCUUGAGACAUUAAACCCAGAUGCAACAACAGAUGGAGAGAAAAAAGAGGGAGAAAGACUGAGAGAAAAAGACAGAGGGGAGGUAGAAAACAAACAAAUGUUGGGAGAUGAAAGACAACGGACACAGAGGGAUGUGAGAGAUGAGACAGCGGACUGGUCUUGUCCUGAGAUGCUGACAGAGGCAAACAGGUCAGAGGUUAACCCAGAGACCGAUGCUUUACCUCGGGCACAAAACAGUGAGAGCGCCCCGUGCUUACAGGACAUCACCGAUCACACCUCCAACCACUCGCCCUCCAUCCCUCCCUCCAUCCCUGCAGUCAUAAUAACUGACCACGGUUUGGAAAGCCAGCCUCAAACUUCUGAAGUACCCGGCUCAGACCAGGGACUAGGCUGCCACCCUAGCCCCAGUUCUAGCCCUAUCCCGGGGCCAAACUCCAACCGCUCCCUCAGGAAGCUGUCGUCCUCCUCUGCCUCCUCGGCUGGGUUCUCCUCAUCUUGGGAAGAGUCGGAGGAGGAUAUUUCCAGUGACACAGAGAAAGGAGAUCAGCUUCUCAACCCUGCAGUCCUCACGUCUCAACAGAGAGCGCACAAGUCUUGGAAGAAGAUCAAAAACAUGGUCCACUGGUCACCGUUUGUCAUGUCCUUCAAGAAGAAAUAUCCCUGGAUACAACUGGCUGGACAUGCAGGAAGCUUCAAGGCAGGAGCCAACGGCCGUAUAUUAAAAAAACACUGUGAUUGUGAGCAGCGCUGUUUGUCCCUCCUGAUGAGGGACGUACUACGUCCUUAUGUCCCUGGUUACCAUGGAGACGUAGAGAAGGACGGCCAGAAAUAUAACCAGAUGGAGGAUCUGCUGGCUGAGUUUGAUUUCCCGUGUGUGAUGGACUGCAAGAUGGGAGUGAGGACCUACCUAGAGGAAGAGCUGACCAAGGCUCGUAAGAAACCCUCCCCGAGACCCGACAUGUAUCAGAAAAUGAUCGAGGUCGAUCCUGACGCGCCGACGCCAGAGGAAAACCUCCAGAAAGCGGUGACCAAACCCAGAUACAUGCAGUGGAGGGAGACCAUCAGCUCAACAGCCACCCUGGGGUUUAGGAUAGAAGGAGUCAAGAAGGAAGACGGGACGGUGAACAGGGAUUUUAAGAAAACAAAGACGAGAGAACAAGUCACUGCAGCCUUCCACGACUUUGUCAAAGGAAAUAAGGACAUACUGAACAGUUAUCUAAACAGGCUGAAGGAAGUCAGAGACACUCUGGAGAUCUCCCCGUUCUUCAAAACCCACGAGGUGAUUGGCAGCUCCUUGUUAUUUGUUCACGACAGUAAGGGACGGGCCAAGGUCUGGAUGAUCGACUUUGGGAAAACCACUCCUCUUCCUGAAGGACAAGAGCUAACCCACCGAGCAGCGUGGGUGGAGGGCAACAGAGAAGAUGGUUACCUUUCUGGACUUGAUAGUUUGGUGGACAUCAUUUUAUCCAUGGUGAACUCUGAGACUUGAAGUCUGAGGGUUUGAAAAAAAAUCCAAGUGAACAUUUGGACACACAACAACCACUUCCAUUCAUUCUUCCUUUCUCUCGGGAACACUUUGGACUUCCUCUAGGAUUCCUUCACAGACGUUUGUCGUCAUGUUAGAAACCACAUCAUCCCGUAACAAUGCGUGGCCAAAUCCAUUCAUAGAUGCAGCCUUCCUGUUCAUGUCCAGUGGAUUUCAGGAUCUUGCUCUUUCCCAUCCAUAGAACUUUUGAUGUGAUCCUUAAACCCUGAAAACCAACAGGCCUUUUCACAGCAAACAUUUUAACUUUAAACAUUAAAGAUGGCUCAGUUCCAUUAAGUGUCUCAGUAAGCCAUCCCUGUAAACCAGCGUUAACAGAACCUUUAAUGUUAUUUGUUACAACCGUGUUUUUUCUGCGAGGACGUCGAAAUGUCUGCUGUGAAAAAGGUUCUUUUUUAAAAUGCAUUUUACCUGCAAGGCAACAUUUUUACUAAAGGAAUUCUCUUUAAAAGCAAAAAAAAAAAAUGUAAUUCAAAUUGAAGGCUGAGGCUGGUGAUAUUUUUAUACUUUAUUUACUGUAAACAAAUCCUGCAAAAAGACCGAAAACAAUAUGUUUGUCUUCCAAUAUCUGCCCAGCCUGUCUGUGGCUCUCAGCCCCAAGCCCAUCAGAUCCUGCUAAAGACAUAAUAUUUUUGAAUUUUAUUGUUUUUUUAAAACUAAAAUGGCACUCAGAGAGCGCAAUCCUCUGUCAAGACCAAAUGCCCCAUCUCACAAUGUUGAAGGUGCAAUAUACAACAACAGAACAUUAACUAAGCAGCAAACUACUAUUAGAUUCUAGAUUCGAGAAGUUUAUUGUCAUAUGAACAGUAACACCAUACUAUGAAAUUCUUAAUAAUGCUUCUUAAUGAUAAUUUCGAUUAAUACAUUUAGGAUUAAAGUUAGAUUUUAAGAAAAAAUGAAAUAAUUAAUAAGCCUCAAUGGCCAGCUUAUUGUCGCCAGCAUGCACGGGAGAACAGUGCUCAGUCUGCCAUAUGAUAAGAGUGUUAGCUCUGUCAGCACUGUUGCUGUUGUUAGCACUGAUGCUGUUAGCAACAAGGCUGUUAGCACUGCUGAUAACAAGGCCAUCCCACCACCGUACAUUGGGAUGGCCUCAUCUUUGAAGCAUAACGCCCACCCUCCAUUCCCUCCCCUUCCGUGUCGUCCUGGUGACUGUAAGCAAACCCUCAUUAACACAGAUAACUCUGUCAGCACCAUAACUGUUGUCAGCACUGCCCUGCCAGACGCCACCAUUUCAGCCCAGCCAUAUUCCAUGUUUGCCUGUGACGUCCAAGAUGAGAGCCAUGUGCACUCCUGGCUCAGACUAUGAAUGUUGUAUAUUGCAAAGUGAAAAGUAGUUUGGGUAUCCGCCCUGUGAUUUGGAUCCAUUUCAGAUUUAAGUGACUUCUUCAUCACCCUUCCAACAUGUUUCAUGAAAAUUGAGCCAGUGAUUUUUCUGUUAUCUUGCUGCCAAACAGUCAAACAAACAAACCGAGCCAAAUAUGUAACCUCCUUGUCGGAUGUAAAAAUGGAUCGCAAAAAUAUAUGUUUUAAUGUUUUUUAAAAGAUUAAAUAAUUCUCUGAAACUGCUGUACACUGCAGUUUUAGCAAACGUAUCCCAAACAGGGAGAAAUAGUGCAUUUGUUGGGAACUAUUUUCAGCUGCGGAAUAAUAGACAUUUUGGUGUGCUAGUGAAUGUGAGGGAUCAGCUAAAAUAAAAAGCCCAACAGUGCCCAUGUUCAUUGUAAUGAAUGAAUAUGUCACCCAGUGCUACAGUAGGUGCAUUUCCAUCCAUUUAUUGCAUUUGGAUGAAAACCCAACUACAGUGUGGCUCAUUAAUGUGUCCCUUAUUUGUGUUUUUGGACAAAGAUGGAGCACUAUGGCACAGAGGAAUAAGCUACAUCAGCCUUUCGACACAGACAAAAGUUAAAGGAUCGGUUGAUUGUUGCUUUUGGUCUUUUUGUGGGAUUUGUUGAUAGUAAAAAAGAUUCAGGACGAAAAUGUCACCAGAAUCAUAAUUUAAAGCCACUAUGUGUUCACUAUGUGUGAACAUGUCUGACUUUGCUGCCCCCUGGUGGUUGUAGCAAAAAAGGACUGAUUUUUCUAAAUUUAAUUUCUAAACUUCCAUAUUUGACCUUAAUGCACCUCAGCUCUCAUGACUUUUAUACAACGUAACUUAGAUUAAUCUCCAUUCAGUCAGAGGUAGAUUUUAUUUUUCCUCGGCAUAUCUGAAAUCAAUUUUAUUAGAUUCUUUUUUCACCACAACUUCAGCACACUGCCUGUUUCUUUUAAAAAACAAUCUGCAUUUGAUUACAUUUCAGUCUGUUAGAGAUUGUACAGUUGAGUGUGUUUUACAGUGAAAAACAAAACUAGUCUUUUAAGCUGUUUUUAACUUCUGUUUUUAACCUGUCACACUUAGACUUUAGAUACUGCAGGUUGGUCAGUGAGGUUUUCAGUGGCAGCCAUGUUUGCUCCACAAUAAUCUGGCAAUAACUGGCAAUUAUGUGGAGCUAAAUGAUACAUCUCACAGUAGAUUCAGUAUGUUAUGGAGGGCAUUGUUUUACAUGUAACAUAUUUGCAGCCAGCAUGGCGUCUGGAGGACUUCCCUGGCCAAACACGUCUCACCCUUCUCACACUUCUUGUUGGGAUUGUUCACAGUGUACAAUAGAGUUUAUUAUGUUUGAUGUAGUUUUUGUAACGUUAUUUUUAGUGUACUCAAACCCUGUGGAACACUUACAGCCAUGAACAAUCUUAUUUAAGCUAUACAGUGCCUUGACAUUACAAAGCCAAGUCAGACAACUGAAAAUAUGUUCUUACUUUAAAUGUUACGAUGAACUCUUCUCCUAGUCUUAACUGUCGGUUUCUGUGCAUAGUCUUGGGUGCAUGUUUAUUAUCCUCUUGAAGUUUGGGCUUAAUUUGUAUUUCAGUCUGUUUUUAUUUAUAACAUUAUAUUAUGUUUUUGUUUUUUAGCUCAUGGGAUACUGUGACAUUUUGAAUUUUGGGCUGUUGUUUUGUUUUCAAGCAUGUGUUACAGUAUGAGAGAAAGUCCAACUGUGAGGCGAGACAUUGUUCUAAACAUUGGCUUUAGAAAAGAUUGAUGAAGUUAAGAUAAUGAUACCCAUUUAUUUCAAUGGGGAAUGCAAACAUUAAUUUAGAAACUGGUCGGGCAGAAAAGGGAGAAAAAAAUGUCUCAUAAUGUAACAGGUUCUUGAUGAAUUAAAGGUAAAUGGUAUGUAGGUCCCACUCUACCAUAUAUUUAAAAUGCCAUGGUUUUCAGUUGAUGUUUGCAGUGACAGUAGACGCAGAAAGAGACUGAUUAUAAUUCCAUGCAGUGCCUUCUUAAAGAAGUAGUUCCUCAUUUUGGGAAACGCUCAUUCGCUUUUUUGCCGAGAGUUGCAUGAGAAGAUUGAUACUCCUUUCAUGUAUGCGAAACAUGAAGCUUUUGGCAGCAGCUGGUUAGCUUAGCUUAGCUUAGCUUAGCUUAGCAUCAAGACUGGAAAUGGGGAAAAACAAGUUCCUUAAUUAAACACUCAAGAUAUGAUAUGUUAAAGUGGGAAUAGACAUCUUGCCUUAUCAGUAUGAAGUAAAUGCUGAUGGCACAAUGUAAUGGUGACAGAAUAAUGACAUCAUCAGCAUUUAGAUUGGUUCCCUGUGAGCCUUGCUUUCACUAUGCAAUUCUGUGAAGCUGCAUCCACAUUCGUUUGAAGCCUACACACACUGUUGCCGACUCUUUUCAAAUGAAGGUAGCUAGCAUCAGCUCCGAAAGUCGGCAGAAAAUGUCACACUCUCAUUUGUGACAUCUUCGUGCAUUAAUGGAAUUAUUAAAACUUUGCUGAAUCUGAUUCAAUAGAAGAAUCCCCAACAUAACAUUUGAAUCCAUUAUAGCUGUGGUGCUUGUACUGUAGUGCACCACUCCGUGCUUCCAAUCAUAAGAGUGAGAAUGUCAGUAUACCCAUAAAAACUCAAUACAGCUAAACUCCCACUUUGAGUGGUGUCUCCUCUCUCCUCGGAUGAGGAGAGCGGGGGAGACACCUCGUGCUGAUGGUGGAAGAGCCAUAGACUGCAAUUACUCUGAUCAGCAUACAUGUGAGUUAACUACAAUAUAAUAAUAUAUAUUAAACAAUUUAGUAAUGUCAAAUUUGUCUGUCAGUUUUUAGAAAUAUAGUUGAUAAGAAGGUCUGAGACGUUGCUAAAUCUUGCAACAAGUUGCCAUGUUGGCAACACUGGCCGACAUGACAUACCCCUACAAACCACUCCCACCACCAGUACAAGAUGAACCCGCUAACAUGACGAUUAUUUGAACCUUGCUACAAUGCGACAUUGCAGUGAACAGAUAUGAGGCCAAAUGUAGCAGUAUUUGACUUGAGAAUUUGUUAUACAUGAAGAUGCGAUUCAUCUUAUAGGUAGUGAGAUAUAUUCCGUUCCGUAACCCUAACUACCUCUCUUAUAACCCUAAAACUUAAAAAAAAUUUUUUUGCAAGCUAAAUGCUAGCUUAGCAUUUUCUUCAGGGCUGCCACUUCUGGACCAAGAGACGAAUGAGGCUCAUCGUGGUCUGUCAUGUAGGUAUAGCCGGUGAAUCAUGUAUCUGGUGGGUAGGUCACAUAGCUGUCAUAGAUGAAUAAAGGGAACUGGACAUAGCGUUUGAGGAGGUUGUUGCUCAGGGGCUCAGCUCAAAGUUCAGCUGCUGUGUAUAAAAUUACCCAAAUGAUCGGCAUCGCUUUCACCCUGUGCGGCCAAUAGAGCAGGCGCACUGGAGACUUCUGCCAGCCAAGCCGGCUACUUCCUGUUAGGGGCUCUGCCAACUUGAAUGUGGGUAAAAGGAUUCAAUUGUGCAGCUCAUCUCAUCUUUCCAAAUGUUAUCGCACCGAAUGGAUCAAAUUCUCAUAGUGAAACGAGUCAUUUCGCGGCGGUUGUGACACUCAAAAAAUUUAUCCUCUGAUUUACAGAUGUCUCUUUUGCCAUCUAAGUCAAUGGGAUAAAUCUUUUGGGCUGCAGGGCGUCACUUAACGGUGUAAUUCCACUGUUUGCCCACUACAAAUGUUGACCUCAAAGUCCGGCGCACUUGCUGGGGACCUGGAUUCUGUCUGCCACCAGGUAUGAUCUCCCGGGAAAAUGAGGGUUUGAUUUACAGCACAAUAGAAGUAUAUAAACCAUGGCGCAACCAAAACAGAAAGAGGAUACUGCUUUUGUGUUCUUCAAUAUCUAUCAGUAGCUAUCCUGGAUUAUAAAAGAGUACCAGUGUAAGUUCUUUGCAGUUACUAUCCUCAGCUGUGGAAAUGGUGGACACUGGAACAACCGAAGUAACUUUUAAGUUAGCGGGUUGUCGGUAGUUGCCAGGUACUGAGGAAAAUGAAAAGCAAUCCGCUAACAGGGGGAAAAAGGAUGCCUGUUUCCACUUUUAUUUAUAAUUUUUGGAGUUAUGGGUAGGCAAAUUUCACUACCCUUGAACAGUGGCUAGCUAUUUUCCUGUUUCCAGUCUUUAUGCUAAGCUAAGCUAACCAGCUCUUGGCUGCAGCUUCAUUUUGAACAGACAGGUAUGAAUGUGCUGUCACCUUUCCCAAAAUGUUAAACUAUUCCUUUAAGACCAACCAUCUUAGCUCUUGCUUAUGCUCCCCAGUGUGCACUUAGGGUUGUUUGUUAGUAGGUAUUAUAUUGUUCUGGUUUUGCUGGCUUGUGUAUUUAUUUGGAUUGUUCCUUUAAAGAAGUGUGUAUUUGGUGAAAA